CGCGUCACUGCCUGAAUACCCUCGAAUUCUGGUGCCAUUCUCGUCUUUCUUCUUUGGCUCUUCCCCACAUACUGGCGGACAUUUUGUGGAAAGGCGCCGCUCCAGCAGCGGAAGCUGUGGGUGGCCCUAAGAAGCCGGAGCCCAUCAUGUCGCAACCUCCCGGACAGCCUCGCCUUUCGCCUCAGUUUUGCUUUUCCACCGGCACGCUGCGUGAUUUCUUGCGCCUGUCUCGAUCAUCAAUAGACGACUCGAUUACACAGAAUCUCAAUGCCCUGGUAACGCCGUCUCGGGCGGGCUUCGAUCCCGGAUCGACAUCAACACGGGCUCCGAAGUCGUUUGCCGAGCAGAUCAAUCCCGAAGCAUGCCAGUCGUUCAAGGAAAAGGUGCUGUUUCCCUCAUGGAAGGCAAGGGCCGAAGUCCUCCGGUAUUGCGGCAUUGUCGCCACCAGCCCAGAUCCAGACGACCCGGAGGCUGCUAUUAUUGAACUGGAGAAGCAGCGUGAUCGCGAGCGGAUUGUCGACGAAAGGUUGGACCCCUACUCGGGACGGUUCUUCCCUCAAGAGGCUCGGACUCAGUCCCUUGCUCUCUUGAUGCGACAGGAACGAGCUGUGGAAAACAUUGUGCGCAGCAGGACUUGGGAUGUCAUACAGGGCCGAUGCGGUGCUUCUGGCCAGAGCUGGGAUGAUGCCAUGAGCAAGUGGGAGGCGGCACAGAAGCCUGGCCGGAGCGAAGAUGGGCGAUGACCGAGAAACUGCGUGGCAUGAUAUUAGAAGUCACGAAACGGGAUAUGGCUUGGAUGUGAAAGUGAGCAUGUGGAAUGGAAAAUAGAUGCCACGUCUGUAUAUAACAACUUGUAUUAUUAGUGUAGCUGCCCUCUCUACGCAGCCUGAACAUAUAUAUACCUACCCUUUUCUUGUAUCAUUUUUACACCUAUUCAAUAGUAGUAUUGUUGAAUCAAAAGCCCAUAGUUGUGCACCAAUUUCUAUUUUUUCUCCUAUUCUUCUGACGUUGGAAACAAUCGUUUAC